CAACUCCUGACCUGACUGGGACCUGUUGUCUAUUCGCGAAAAAGUUGCACAAUGUCACUCGCGCAGUCGAGCAGAAUCUGCCUAGCUUCCUCGGGCGUUCGCGCCAACUCAGCCCAGCUGAGGAGCAGCGUUUCCCGCAUCAAUGUGGCUUUCUCCGGCAGGUCUGCAUUGCCGCAGAGGAGGAACGCAAAGCUGGGUAGCAGGCUGAUCACUCGCGCUGAAACGAAAGACGUGGACUUUGACAGCCUGCUCUCUGGCUUGGCUGACAAGUUCGAGAAGAGUGACAAGAAGGCGGCAAUCGUGGGCUGGACAGCUGCUGGCGUUGGAGCCUUCUUCAUCACAGAGUGGCUGCUGCACCUGCCUCUCCUGGAUGCGCUGCUGGGCUUCCCAGUGCAGCUGAUUGGCGUGGCUGCUCUGCCAUACUUCUACGUGAAGUAUGCUGUUGAGGGUGACAGCAUCGUGGAUGACUUGGGAGCUGCUGCGAAAAAGGUGACCAAGGAGCUACCUGGGCUGGAGUGAAAAUUUCAGCGCUGUCAUCUAUAUGAACGUUCAGACACAAUAUUGGAGUUAAAAUACAUUUUUGGAAAGGUGUGGUGAGCGAGACUUGCAUGGAUAUGAGAGGAAAUAUCACAACAGUGUAGCAUUGUGCUGGGAGAGAAAAUGAGCAGAGAGCAUCUGGAAUACAUAUCAACCAUUUUUUGACACAUUAGAAGUAGUCAAGUCCUGCAUGAUUGCUUGCAAUUGGCAAGGGUAUGAGAAGAAAUUUGUGGACAUGUUACUGCCAUGGUAAUGUCACAGCCAUGUUGGCUGGUAAUCUGUAAUAGCUAAUGCGCUUUUU